GCACGCUGACCGUCAUGUCGCUGUCGACCACCUCGACCACCACCUAUACCCUCACUAAAUACUCACGAGCAUACCCCUCACAGAGCACUGGAUCUCAAGAGAAUGACUCUGAAUGGCAACAUUUCACCAACCCCGUGAUUCGGCUUGUCCUUGACUUGAGAAAAUCUGCGCGGGGAGAACUCGAGUCGUACAGAGUUCGCGUCCUUUGGUCAUUGAACGCAGGAAAAGAUAUGAUGGAAGUAGAUCAGCAGGAUGUUAUCUUUGAGGACUUGGAUCUGUUGUUGUUCUCUGAUCCUCCGGCUCAAAAUGGUCCCCAUGGACUCCCUCUGAAAGCCGUCUAUCGGAAUGCAGUAGUGGGUGUACGCUAUUUGCACAUUCGUAACCUUAGUGCCGGAGCGUCUCCGGUCUACCGACGCUUCCAAAUGAACUUUCAGAGCACGGCAGACGCUACAAGUGUUAUCGAAGCCAUACGACAUGUCUGUCCGUGCAAGGCAAAUCCUCCACAGGCCGCUCUUACUCGAGCUGCCACCAUGACGCUUGGGCAGACAACAUCUAUCGUUCGACCCUCCGUGCCCGCCUCUAUCAACAUGCCCCCGCCGUCGCUUUCCGCAUCUGUGGCGACUAAACAGCCUCUAAGACCCUCUGUAACUAUGCAAGUUCGACCAUCAUCAUCUGUGCUGGCUCCAACGGUAUCUCCCGGCAAGAUGACCAUCUCCUCUCCAGUAGCGCACAACACCCAGCCUGUAUUCCAAUCUUCUGGACCCGCUUCUACUCCAACGAAUGAUGCUUGCACUAGUAUGGCACUUUCUUCCGCCUCGUACACUGGUUGUGAUACGCUAUGGCCUCCGACGUCUUCCGAGGAUCUCGCUCCGCUAUCGCAGUCGGGACCAUCUACGGUCUCGUCCACGGCUUCACUCCAUAUCGCGCAGUGUCCGCACCCCCCUAUCGCUGCUUCGAGUGCCGCUACGACUGCACACAUCCAGGCUGCUGCCGUUGUUGAGACCCCGACACCUGCUGCUCUUACUACUCCGCUGUCUGCUCCCGCGCCAAGCGGCCAGGGCUUAGGAAGCGAUGAGCCAAAGAAAGCUGGCGAAAUUUCAAGCAUGGACGUGGAUCCUUUGCCUCAGAUUUGCCCCCUGCCGCCGCUGCCAAAGUCUUCAGAGCUUUGUGAUAUUCCGAAGCCAGAAUUGGAAGCUCUCAUUGCUGAAGUUGUGCGCGAGGAAGGUUUCGUCAGAUUAGUAAGCUACACUGCAGUGUCAAUUCGCUUGGGAACCUGA